UGACUACCAAACGACAUAUUCUACUCAGGAAAUAACAAAGACCGACCAAAACCCAACUACGCCAACGACAACCUUAUCAUCUACUCCCCACCCUCUCUCUCUCUCUCUAGAGUGCCAGAGAGAAAGAAACACAUCAUAGGCCCCAGACAAGGAGCAACAAAACGAAACACCAUGUGGUACACAAUCUGGGUUUUUGUGUAAGCAUUUAUUCAUAUGUAUUCAACAGAGAAAGUGAUUCGUUGGACUAACCAGAAUCAAGAUCGGACCACCCUUUUUUCUGUGAAUACAAAGUAAAAACCAUGGUGGGUAUUUUCUCAAGGUUCUCUGCCAGCAGAGCCAGCCAUCGACGCACCCAGAGUGCCAUUGAUGAAAGGGAAGUCUUGCCCCCUAAUUCGGAGGCUAGUGGUGCAGCAACUUCUGCGGCCACUGCAUCUCAUGGGAUUGAAGUAGCAGUGGAGUUUAAGCCAGUUGAACAUCCAAUGGAGCCUCUUGACAAUGACAGACCAAUUCAGUGCCCAUUACCUGAGCCUUCUAUUCUCAAUGAUGGAAGAAUUUGGAAGGAGAGAGUAUCAGCAACUGUGCCAAGGAGAGGUGACUUGCCAGUGAUGAUGGAAGGCGGGUCUCUUGAACCUGAAGCUGCUGUGCUGAAACCAAGAAAUACACGGCCAAAUCGUAUGAUUUUACCAUCUCUUAGUGCCCCUGAACAUAACCUUCUAAACUUACUAGAAGAAUGUAAUGCCACCUCUGGGAUCUAAAACCUGGUACAUCAUUUCCUAUUUGGUAUUUAAUGGUCAUAAUUUUCUGUACAAUUUCAAUUGCUCAUACUCUGUGUCUACACCCCUCUUUUUGUAUUGUAUAUUUUAUAAAUGGUUAUAUUGAAUAUAAAGUAUUUACAGAUGUAUCAAUGUCACAGUUACACAAGAUUGUAAGUUACAAAGUGAACAUUUUCUCA